AGGCCUCGCCGAGCGCGCCUGGAUUGCGCCCCGGGUGGCGGCAGGGAACGAGGGGGAGCGGCGCAGACCUCCUCCCCUGCGCCGGGGCGGGCCGCCGGCUUGGGCAGCCCCUCCCGUGCCUUCGCCGGGCGGGCUGCUGGGAGUUGUGGUCCGCGCAUCCGAGCCGCCGGCGCUGGAGAGCUUCGCCGUGAGGCCGGCCGGCAAGCGGGAAACCCGAGCAGCAGGCUGGCGUCGGAGGAAGCAGAGCAGAGGCGGGUCUCCGGCGCCCGCGCCCCAUCCCGGCCUCCGCGCCGGGUCCCUCCGCAGGCCCGGCUUAGCUGGACGCGCCCGCGAGCAGCGCCUGCCCUCGCCGGCGCAUCCGGAGGACCCGGAGCGUGAGGGCCAGGCGGGGCCUCCCGGGAAGGCAGCGGGCGGCGGCGGCAGCAGCAACGCCCUCCUCUCCCUGGAGUGCUCUUGGCCCCGAUCCUGGAACGUGGGGACGCAAGGACGGCGCUCUGCACAUGCUCGAAGGUUCUCCCUUUCCCACAAUCUGGGACCGGCUGGGUGGGGUCGGAUGAGGAGCCCCCACAGCAGUUCCAUGGUAUGCACAAAGCUCUCCUCCAGCACCACAUUUCAAAUCCUUCAUGCUGAGAACAGACUGAAGAACUGAGACCUGGAUGGGAUUUUUGUGGAAUGAGUACACACUUACUGUGCACCAGUUUAAUUUGGGGAACAAACGAAGGAGAGCAAUGCAGUUUUGGGGGAGCGCAAGUCCACAAGAGCCAAACACUCUGACCUUGGUAACUGCUAUAUCACAGAAGUGAAUCGACCCCCCAGGUCUAGAAUUCCCAGGGGCUUCAUGGCACUCUGGCUUGAAACUGGUUUGGGUGUAUUCACGGAAAGGCACUGUCUGAGCCGGGCAGCUUCUCCACUGUGCACUGGGAUUCUUGUGUCCUCAGAACCCACCUUUCAGAGUGACAUUCCUGAUGCUGGAAUUGGGGGGCAAUCAUAGUGCCACCUUCCCCACGGAUGCCUUGCUCCAGGAUUCCGUGGCAUUGCUCACCUAUGGCUGGCUUCUCUCCACUUGCCCAUGCCAGCCCGCCUUUGGGUUUGGGCGCCUGUGGGGAUCUUGAAGACUGACCACUUGGCUCUCCUCUGCAUGCCCUAGAAGACCCUCACCCCCUAAAAUGUCUCUGGAGUGGCUCAUGGGCUGGAGCGGGUCACUAGACCAGCUCAGGGACUUCAUUGGCAGUGGGAUCCAAUCUGUGCGGGACUGUGACACCACCGCCCUCAGCACCGUGGCCUUCCUCCUUGCCAUGUUUCUGUGGUACUGUUACCACGUUGGGCGAGAGCAGCCCCGGACGUACGUGACGGUGAACUCCUUCAUCCCGGGCAUGGAUGCCGAUGGCCUGCAGAAGGGCUUCACCCACUGCCAUUCCCCAGAGUGCAUCCGCUGCUCCCGCACCGAUGGUCUGAACCAGAAACUCUACCACAACCUGCAGGAGUACGCCAAGCGCUACUCCUGGUCCGGGAUGGGCCGCAUCCGCAAAGGGAUCCGGGAGCAGGGCCGCUACCUGAGCAGCCGCUCCUCCAUCCAGAAGCCAGAAGUCUUUUUCCUGCCUGACUUGCCUACCACCCCGUACUUCUCCCGGGAUGCCCAGAAGCACGACGUAGAGCUGCUGGAGCGGAAUUUCCAGACCAUCGUGUGCGAGUUUGAGGCCCUCUACAAAGCCUUCUCCAACUGCAGCUUGCCCCAGGGCUGGAAGGCCAACAGCACUCCCAGCGGCGAGUGGCUGACCUUCUACCUGGUCAACCAGGGCACCUGUGUGCCCCGGAACUGCCGGAAGUGCCCCCGGACAUACCGCCUGCUGAGUAGCCUCCGCACCUGCGUCGGCAACAACGUCUUUGGGAAUGCCUGCAUCUCUGUCCUGAGCCCGGGCACCGUUAUCGCUGAGCACUAUGGCCCCACCAACAUCCGCAUCCGCUGCCACCUGGGCCUGAAGACCCCCAGCAAUUGCGAGCUGGUUGUGGGAGGGGAGCCCCAGUGCUGGGCGGAAGGGCGCUGCCUGCUCUUCGACGACUCCUUCCUGCACACGGCAUUCCACGGAGGUCUGCCCGAGGAAGGCCCCCGGGCCGUAUUCAUGGUGGACCUCUGGCACCCAAAUGUCGCUGCUGCGGAGCGCCAGGCCCUUGACUUUAUCUUUGCUCCGGGACGAUGAUAUGGCUUCCCUUGACAUAGCAAGCUGGAGGGCAGUCAAAUGGCAUGGUUGGGGGGGCCCCUGAACCUGGUGCCUCCUCCCCACAGAGAUUGCCUGCCCUGAGGUGUGCGUGCAUGCGCACAUGCACACUGCUCACAGGCUCUUUGUGCAGAUUUUUAUACCUGGAAACGUCCACCUUGCAGUCUCCUCCUUCCUCUCCUUUGCUUGGGGGAAAGGAGUGGCUACUGCCCUCCACUCCCCGCCCGUUUCCACUCUGCGUUUAGGCAGUGCCGCUGUUGUGUGUGUUAACGUUGCUGUUUUGCAGUGUCCAGAUCUUAGAUUCUACCAACCCCAGGGUGCUCUUGAUGAAUGUAGCUGUGUCAACUGUUUGCCGUUCUCUUUAAAGACAAAAGCAUCCCUUUGGCCUACCCGAAGAACACAAGGAAAACUCAAGAGGGACGGGAGGGUGGCUCAGUAGGACACUGUCCUUGCUCCUGCAGUGAGGGGCUGGGAUGGCCUAAAAGCCCCCCCCCGGUCUGUUUUUCCCCAUUUACUGCAAGAAAGCAGGUCUCCUGCGCCAUUCCGGCCGCAGCCGCUGAGAGCAGACUGAGGUGAGGGAACAGUGCCCCCCAGCAUGGGGGCAAGUCAUGUGGGAGCCCAGGCCCCUUUUCUCAAGCUUUGCAUCUGCUUGCGUGUGCCUUCUCAUCCCUUUGGCCCCUGCUUUCUGCUUUCGGCUCAGGGCAAGCAUCCAGCACCCGCUUGGCCUUCUUUGGAGGAAGUGGCAGCAGUGGAGGCGAGAGGAGGGCUGGCCUUCUGGAGCUCCCGCCGCAUGGGACCAGCUCCGCAGGCAAGAGGCGGCUGUUCAGCCAGUUGGAACUUCCAUUGCAGCACCAUCUUUGCAUGGGGGAGAGCGACAGCCACGCAUCGUUUCCUCUGCACCCCUUCCCAAGCUGAGAGAGUAGCCGGAGGAAGUUUUACAGCGCAGGCAAGGGGGUUCAGCUCAGCGCGUGAUGGCCCGGUAGUAUUUGUGCCAGCAACUGCCACCAAUAAAACAGUUGUGCUGACCGUU